AUGGUACAAAGGGCCGUUUUUGUAACCAGGAAGCGAGAAUCACAGCUUUGGGAUCUUGUCUUCUUUGCUCUCACAACUUUCAAGCGUUGUUCUUCGGUCCGGCCAUUCUACGAGGCAUUGCAAACAAGAGUCGCUCUUCAGAGUUCCGUGACUGUAUCCCACGAUGGCGAAAAGGAUGGCUGCCAACAGUCUCAAGACACAUUUACUCAAGAUGAAUCAAAACAAGAAAUCAAGAGUGAAAAGAGCAUCCGACAAGAAGAUGAUGAUGUGAGCAGCCAUACCCUUCCUGCAGAAGAUGAUGUAGAAAAGAACGAUGCUGCCAAAGACGAAGCACCAGAUGGUGGCUAUGGAUGGUUUAUCGUCCUGGGAGCCUUUUUAGUGCAAAUCAGCAGUUACGGCAUGACGUCUUCAUGUCUGUAUGAAACAACGCUAAUCAUCGUCUCACAAACAAAAGGUGUCAUGCAAGACUAUUACGAGCGAGAAGUCUUUGGUGACAAAGUAUCCAACGCAGCAUUCCAAUUGAGUUUUGUUGGUACUUUGAUCUCCGUAUUCGCCAAUUUGAUGGGUCCUUUAGCUACAAUCCUAUUAUCUUACUUUGGUACCAAAGUCGUUCUUAUCUUGGGCACGUUGUUCAUUGCCAUCGGCUUGUUUAUGGCAGGCUUUGCGACUGAGAUCUUCCAUCUUUACUUAACGCAAGGUCUUAGCUAUGGCAUUGGCAUGUGCUUUAUGUACAUUACUAUCAUGGGUGUUGCUCCCCAAUACUUCAACCGUAAACGAGGUCUUGCACUCGGCAUCAUCGCCAGUGGAUCUGGUAUUGGUGGCCUCAUCUUCCCCUUUGUCAUGACCCCAAUCAAUAAUAGUCUCGGAGCCGGAUGGACGUACCGUGUACUUGGAUUCAUUGUUUUGGCUUGCGAUAUCAUUGCCGUUAUCUUGGUGAAGGAUCGUAUCAAACGUCCUUUGUUCCAAAAGAAAAAGUUAAGCGAUAUCCUCAAGUUUGACGUAUUCAAGCAUCCACCCUAUAGAAUUUGGGCUCUUGCUGCAACCAUCCAGCUCAUGCCAUACUUUGUGCCAUUUUACUACCUCCCAUCAUAUGCAACAUGGUUGGGUCUCUCCGAUAAGCAAGGAUCAGCUUUAGUCGCUGUCACCUCGGCUAUGAACUUUGUUGGACGUAUCAUUUGCGGCUUUGUAUCCGAUCGCAUUGGGCCUAUUAAUACCGAUAUUCUCUACCUUACAUUGGCAUGUCUUGCCAACUUUUUAAUUUGGACAUUCGCCUACAGCUAUGGUGUGCUGAUGGCCUUUGCAGCUGUCUUUGGCUUGGUGUGUGGAUCCUAUUUCACUUUAGUAUCACCGCUGACCGCCUCCAUUUUGGGCAUGGAGAAGUUUCCCACGGGUCUUUCCUUUGUCAUUCUCUUCAAUGUCAUCUCCAUUUUCGGUAUCAACAUCUCCAACGCCAUCGAAGACGCUACGAGUGCCGAGCCCUUCUUCGCCUACAAGAUGUUCGCUGGUUCCAUUUACGCGGCUUCGGUGCUCCUCAUGCUUUGGUUGAAAUUCACGGUGAAUCGAAAAGUCUUUGUAAAGGUGUAA